AUGGACUUACCUGCUGUUCUUGAAGCUCCUACUACACCUUCAGAAGCCCCCACCACCCCUACAAAGCGAUUAACCCGCGAUCAACGUCAAGAUAUCCUCCUUCUUCGCAGUCUUGAAUGGACUUAUGAAAAGAUCUCCAAUCAUCUUAAGAUCACCUAUCAAGGAGUUCAAUACACAUGUGAACUUGGUACAGCUACUCCUAAGAAGCAUACUGGCCGUCCUAGUCAACUUACUGAGGAGCAAAUAUUCAACUUCAAUGGGCAUUGGAGCAUCAAGAUUGGACCUUUGAGCAAUGGAUUCUUAUACUUUGGACUGAUGAGACUUGGGUUAAAUCCGGCCGUCAUACAAGAACCUGGGUGA